CAGAAUAACUCCAUGGGGUGCGAAUGAUCCAAAAAAUGACUUCCAUUCCUUAAACAAAGCCAGAAUGGUGCAGGUUUGGAUGGAUCCUCCAUACAGUGAUACCAUCAGGAACUAUCUUAGUGACAAAAACUUCACUGUCGGUGAUCUUCAAAGCAGACGCGCAAUCCGCUCCAGAAACCGAUGUAAGCCGUACCAGUAUUUCGUCGACAUGGUACGGUCUUUUUCAAACGUGUAUAUUGUGAAAAACCCAAAGUGUCGAGGAAGUCUUCGAAAUAUUCGUUAUAAAAGAUGUAUCGACAUAGCUAAAAUUGAUAACCGACUAAGCAUUAUCUUAUACCCAUGUCAUGAAAUGAUAUCCUCUAAUCAGUACUUUAUCUUAACAGAAAGUGACAAUAUAAGAUGCAUUGAAGGACAUUUAUUCGAUGUAGAAAAGAAUGUAGAUGAUUUAAAACUAAAUUUGAGACGGUCUCCGUCGGAGUACAGUCACCCGGAUGCCAAAUGGAAAUAUAGUAACAAACGUGUAAUACACGUGUCAUCUGAUUUAUGUUUAACUGCAUUUACACGUGACAAUCUCGGAUUAAGUGGAUGUACGGAAGAUCCUGAUCAACUUUGGGAGUGGAACACAGUUGAAUAACACGUGCACUAGAAAAAAAACUGUAUUUGUUACAAAACCCACCACGUUGAAAAGCAAGUCUUUCUUUAGUGAAAAUACUGAACUACUGUUUAUAAAAUGAGAAGAGCACGGCCAAAUAAUGAAAUGAGAUCAAUUCAAGUACAUUCAUAACAUACAAACGCCAUUUUAUUUAAUUACUACAUAAAUGGACUUAACCAAAAACAGUUCCUACUAGUUACUACAUAACUGAUAGGUAUUACGUCACAGUAACUAUUAUUAAAUCACCGUUUAGUUGAAAUCAAACGCCAACAACAACACUUUUUUCAACAUUUAUCUAUACAGUGUUGCAUAAAAAACUACUAGAGGAAAAUAACACCCUUUCAUGCUGAUUAAUUUCAAUCAU